UAUCCCCAUAAAUCCGCCAUUCAAACUCUACUUUCCUCAUCAUCCUGUUCUACAACAAUUUGUUAAUCCAAAUUCUUCUAUCUCGAUCAAAUUUCAGAAAAAGAAGAUCAUCAACCGAUCGACAACAAUCAAAAUGGAAUACAGUCUUUUGGGAUUAGACUCUCCAUUCCUCUGCAACCUCCACCACAUCCUCGAAGCCACUGACGACAACACCACCGGAAACAAGUCAAACAACAGCGCUCCAUCUCGCGCUUACGUCCGUGACGCCAGAGCAAUGGCGGUAACUCCUGCUGACGUGAAGGAGUAUCCAAACUCCUACGUGUUUAUUGUGGACAUGCCAGGGCUGAAGUCAGGGGAUAUAAAGGUGCAGGUGGAAGACGACAACGUUUUGGUGAUAAGCGGAGAGAGGAACCGAGAGGAAGAGAAGGAAGGAGUCAAGUAUGUGAGGAUGGAGAGGAGGAUUGGGAAGCUAAUGAGGAAGUUUGCGUUGCCAGAGAAUGCGAAUACGGAUAAGAUAUCGGCGAUUUGUCAAGACGGAGUGCUUACCGUGACUGUGGAGAAGCUGCCUCCGCCCGAGCCCAAGAAGCCGAAGACGAUUCAGGUCCAGGUGGCUUGAAGAAUGCGUAAUCAAUCGGAUGUUUGAUAUGUAGUUGAGUGGAUGUUAUGAAUAAUAGGGUUUGAAGAAUGAGUUGCAGUUGAUGUUUGGUUUGUUGUUUUGCUGUGUUUGUAGUAAUAGUGAACAUGUUUAGGAAUUAAACUGGUAUAGGGCAAUACGCAAUUUAAAAAAAAAAAAAAAAGCACAAAAUAGAGUGAAUGAAUUGUUACAAAAAUAAAUAAAUAAAUAUGUAACUCCGUUGUCGUCAGUUGGUUUGGGAUUUUGUGGCUA